UCUCUUUCUCCGUCAAGCUAGUAGAAAUUUAACGGUAUUUUUUCUCACUUGCGAUUUACGCAAUUCCGUGUUGUCUGCUCAGGGUUACAUUGUAGGUGACAUGAAGAGGACAAUACCAUGGACCGACCCGGUUGAUGUUAUAUCAUCGGAUGAAUCUUCUUCCUCAGAUUCAGAUAUAGAGCUUAAUGAUGGACUUGAUGGCCAGCGGUUCUCCAAUUAUGUUACAAUCGAUCAACCCAUCAAAGAAAUGACAUCUGAGGGCGUGUUGAUUAGAAGGGCAGAAAUGUAUCAAGAUUACAUGACGCACAUCCCUAUCCCAGUACAACGUGGCUCUGCCAUCCCAUUUUCCUCAUGGGUGGGGCUAGGCAAAUCCAUCAAGCAACUAUAUCAGCAGCCCUUGCAUUACCUCACCAACAUUCUUCUAAAUAAGUGGGAUCAACAACGAAUUGGCAGUGAGGACGAGCAUAUGCCCUUGGAUAUCAUGAUUCAUCCUUGUAAAGCUGAAGCCACCAUCUGGCUUGUUGAAGAAGUUCACAGGCGCACAUCAUCACAUCAUCACGUGGCUAAAAUCUGGCAAUCUGACCCAAUGCACCAUGCUUUUGUAGACUCCAUUUUCCCAAAGUUAUGAAGCACAUCUCGACUUUAAGCUUGAUUUUGCUGGAUGUUCCUUGAUUGCAUGGGCAAGAGCUUUGAACUGUAUAACCUGCAUCUGAAAUGGAACACUUCUCUUAUGGUUGUUCCUUAAUGGUUA